GGUGAUUUAGGGAUUUUAUUGAUGUUGUUUACAUUUGUCAGGAGGAAGAAAGUGAUUGUGAUGAAAUGAAAUCAAUUAACAAAAUCAAACACACAACAAACAAUAAAAAACCAAUGAAGAAUUUUGGCAGUGUAAAAUCAUUCCGUAGAAGAGUACCUAAAUCAAGAAUCCCUCAAUCCCCUUCACAUAGUAGUACCGUCUCCGAUUUCGAUUCCUCCGAGUCGUCGUCUUCGUCGCCGAACUAUUUAAAAGCCACAAGCUCUUCCAAGGGCAAGAACACGAGCUUCCAGACGAGCCCUCUUCGUGUUUCUGAUUCUCCGAAACCGAAACCUAAAACCUUGUCAAGAACAUCUAGUAGAAAUGUGAGGGUUUUGAUAAAGAAGGCUAGCUUCAAGCCGAAGAGGUCUCCGUUGAGUUCGAGUGAUCGUUCGAAUGUCGUUUCUGUUGAUCGAGCGACGCAUUCUUCGAUUCUCAAAGAUUCAACCAAGUUUCCGAAGCUAGUCGAAGAUGUUCAUUCGGAAAGGGCAGAAUCGGAAGAAGUUUCGAGAGUUAAAAUUUGUCGAUACCAACAUUGCUCUCUCCACGGGCAUUGCCAUGGCGAUCACGAAAAUGCCGUUCCUCCGUUGAAGAAGUUCGUGUACAAAAGAAGACUCUCGAUGAAGAAGCAAAAGGGUAGCGUCGUACCUAAAACCGAGCCUAGUGGUAAGAAGAAGAUUAAUAUUCUGCAGGAUGAAAGGCAAACGGUUACUAUUGCAGAACCGUGGAAUCAAGAACUCGGAAAGGAAGUGCAAAUUCAAGACUCGGGACUUUUUGAAGUUGCAUUUGGCGAAAUAUCGUUUCCCGAGAGAAGUUAUCGGGACAGUCUUGAAAUAAUUGGGAAAUAUUCUUUGCCGGAGUUUGGUCUGAAUGGUUAUUGCUUGAAGUGCUCGUGCUCGAUUAUUAAUGUGAAUAAUAAUGAGAAGCCGCCAAACGAAGUUAUUAUUACAAAUGAAGAAUCGAACACGGAUUGCCGGAAAACUCCGGUGAAAGUUGAUGAAGCAACCGAAGAGAAAAGUGUGUUUUCGUAUAGCCAAACUUCGAGUGAUAACAAUUCCGGGGAAGAAGUAGAGUCGAUAGCCGAAUCUAAUCCGAUUCGAGUUCCGAAAAUUAAUGAAGACGUUGUUGAGGGAGUUAAGGAAAAUCAAGAAAGAGGCAGCAAACUCGUGUUCAGCAAACCGAGGCAUGUCAGCAUGUGGCACCUUAUACAUCAGCAUAUGUCAUCGUCUAGUUCGAGCCCUGAAAACAAGUUGUCUGAAAAUGACGAUUCUCUCCCUGCUAUGGAAAGUGCGGAUUCUGACGUGGGCCCUACGGAAAAUGCAGAAUUGGAAAUUGAGGUACGGAAGCUGUUUGCAAUAAAGCUCGUCCGACAGGCGAUUGAGAAGAUUCUUCUUCCCGAGAUUCAAGACCAAUCAUCUGAUGACAUGUCGGUUACGAGCGAAGACACUCCAAGAUCAGAACCCGUCGAAGAAAAUCAAAAUAAAGAGUUUGAUGCUGAUAAGGGAGAAAUGAGUGUGCAGUCUAAUCCGAAAGAGGAAAGUGUAGUAACGGAUGAUGUAAGAAAAUCGGAGAAGAAAGCACCGAAGCAUUGGAGCAACCUUAAAAAGUGGAUUCUUCUACAAAGAUUCAUCAGAGCGUUGGAGAAAGUGAAGACAUUCAACCCCAAGAAACCGAAGAUUCUGCCACUAAAUCCCGACCCCGAGUCGGAAAAAGUCAACCUCCGGCGUCAAACGGUUGACCAGAGGAAAAAUUCCGAAGAAUGGAUGCUCGAUUACGCAAUCCGCCAAGCUGUGAGCGAGCUGGCCCCUACUCAGAAGAGAAAAGUUGCGUUGCUUGUAAGAGCAUUCGAAACUGUGGUUCCUUCUGAAGAAGAAUAUUCUCCAGUUCAGUCGAGAACCUCCAAGCUCAAAGAAUAUUUUUCCGAAGGAAACGAAAGAAAUGAAGUGCUGUCGGAUAAUGGAUGUACAAAACCUGAAGAGCCAUCUUCAAUAACAACCGAAAGCUUGAUUCUUGAUGAUGAUGGAGGAAAAUCAGUGGCGAAUGAGAUUACGGCAGACGAGAGAGAAAGAGUGGCUAAGCCAACACUCGAAGCUAUUCAAGAAGAUGAGAGAGAAAGAGUUGAAGGUGUUCGAGAUGAGAGAGAAAGAGAGGUUAAGCCUAUUCAAGAAGAUGAGAGAGAAAGAGAGGCAGAUAAGCCAACACUCGAAGUUAUUCAAGAAGAUGAGAGAGAAAGUGAUCACCAAUCAUUCGAAACAGACAAGAAAAGCCGAAUCAAAAUGUGGCAUAUGAUAUACCAACACGUGGUUUCGGGUAUCGUCGAGAAAGUCGGGAACCAGCUUCUCGAUGGUUCGGAUGAUGACGCGUCGGAUGAAUUAUCACCUGCAGCUGCGGCAAACGAUCUAAGAAACGGGCUCACCAAAUCGGACGCUCUCAAACUCGUGAAAGAGGCGGUCGACGAAAUCCUCCUUCCUGAAGAUUCCUCGAAUAUCCAAAAAUCGGACGCUAUUGUAAGUGGACAAGCAGAGGAGGUGCCGAAGGCGAAGAACUGGAGGAAGCUGAAAAAGCUCAUGCUACUCAAGAGGUCCAUUAGGGCAUUGGAGAAGGGUAGAAUAGUCAAACCACAGCCGGUUCAUCAUCAUCCUUCAACCGUUGAUAUCGAAGCGGAGAAAAUCGAUCUGAGGCGUCAGAUGUCGGACGAGAGGAAAAAGGCUGAGGAGUGGAUGAUAGACUACGCAGUUCGAAAUAUCGUGACGAAACUAACCCCGGCUCGGAAAAGACGAGUUUCUAUGCUCGUCGAGGCCUUCGAAGCAGUUGUCCCACUCCCGGAAAUGUGAAAUAUACGAAAGUAGUGAUGAAGAUUGUGCUCGAAAGCCGUCGACGAAAGAAAAUAGGUUGCAGCAGAAUUUGGCCAUAAUAAGCAUAUUAAAUGCAGGUUAUUGUAUGUGUCACAGCUCAGAAUAUAGAAAAGCAUAUUUCUUUGAUUCUUUUUUGGUAUGUCUGUAUGUAAAAUUCAUACAUUGUAUAUGCAUUUUGAUUUUUUGAAGAUAUUGUAAUACAUAGUGUAUUGAGAUUGGUGUAUUUGUUUGAUGUAAAUGAUGAAAAAGCCUAAUUGGGCAUUUUUUUUUUAUUAUUA